UAAUUAGCUCCUCUGACCUACCUUUCCCUACAUCAUUACUUAGUGUGAUAUCAUGUUAGAAACUAACCAACACUUCAUUAUGUUAAACACACGAUUGCAUCAUCCUCCAACUUAAAUAGUUCAUAGCUCAUGAACCAUUAGAUAAGUAUAGUAUUUUUAUUGUUAAAACUGAUGGGCAUGAAAAGUCAUUUUUUUUUUGUGUUCCUGAGUUAUGUGAUGGAGUUAUGUUGUACACAGCCAGUUAAGUCCAUUCUCAUAAGUGUCAUAUCUGUUAUAUCUUUCUCUUCUUUGGCUUCUCUUGGUGAAGACCAUACUCCAUUCACAGGACUGACUCUCAAGAGUUGUGGCUUGUUAUAUGGAACAUUGUUUUGGAGGAAUUUCUGCCAUGUAGCUUGUUUGAUCUUUUCUUUACUCUUGGAAAACUUCUUGCAUACAUCUUAUGUGGAUUGAGUUUUUCCUUGCAAGUAUUUUGAAGAAUUGAUUUCACUGUUUUUGUAUAUUGUGGUGUUAAUUGACAUUCAGAUAUUUUAAUGAAUUUGGUGGUAUUUCUGGAUAUUCUCCUUUAUAACAUUUUCAGUUUUGUUACCUGUUCAAUUAUGCAACUAAUUCAGCUCAUGAAGAUUUUUCUUACGGGAUCAGUACAUGGAAUGUGGUUGGAUGGAUUGUCUAUCUUUUUAUAUAUUUUUGUGUGGUCCGAAAGGAUUAAUGUUUCCAGCCAAAUGUUCCAGAUAAUGAAUCUUUACAUGUAAAAACUUUUCACUAAAAUGUGUUAAGGCCAUUUCUUCCAACUUUUCUUUUCUCAAUAUAUAUAUUGCCUUCAGCACACUUUCUUAUCCCUCUUAUUUUCUAGAUUGGGAACUUAGCUACCCAUUCCAUCCAGGGAUAAAUAAUUUAUCAGAAGUUUUAAUUUUCAAGUACAUUGUAUAUACUUACAUUUGAAUGAACAUGUUCCAUUUCUUCCAAGAUCUUUCUCUCUCAUAUGCUUUUUUUAAAAAUUCUAUGAGAUAUAAAGAGUGGAAAAAUUAUAUUCCUCAGUGUACUUAGAUGUAUGAAUGUAUUCAACUGAAACAGAUGUCCCCCAAUGACUAACUGGAAAACUAAAUGGCUUGUAAUGCUGAAAUCUAGGGAUCAAUAGCCCAUUGCUGUAACUUUGUGCUAAAUCAAACAAGAACAAGAAUCAACAGAAAGAAAGAGAUGUUGUUGUAUUGAAACUUAAGAACAAAAAUUUGCAAACUAUGUUACAAUGUGAUUUAAGGAAAUACAAAAGAUAAGUUUAAAUCAACAACAUUUUGAAGUAUUAGCUAUCUAUCCAUACUGUAUACAGCUCACUUUCCAACCAGUAUCUUUCUGAUACUUAUUUUAUUUUUGUCACUAGAAAUAUGUUUUCUGUGAAGAAUAAUACCUUUUUUUAUCACUAUAAAUUUAAGGCAAGUUCAAAGAAGGUGAAGUGUAUAGUGGGUCUUCUCCAGGAAGCAAUGGUUUUAAAAUUUCCCAUGUGUCAACAACUACCAACUUGGAAUUGGCACAGACAAAAACUGUAAGCAAGUUAGUUGGCACAUCUGACAGUUCAUCUAAGACCCAAGAUGUUUUUUAUGACACUUUUAUUGAAGAUAAUUUCACUUUUGAGGCAUUAGAUCUAGGACCACCACUGAUGGAGGAAGUCUUCAAGGCUUUAGGCUGUACAAAUACUGAAGGUCUUUUUGACUGUAACUUGUCCAUUGAAGCACAAAGUGACUAUAGCUUUGACCAGGAAAAAAACAAGCAGAGUAUAAAUACUGAAGGUUUUUUCUCAGAUGUACAUAAGUUACAAUCACCAUUGAUUACAGAAGAGAAAUGUGUUGUAGAGGAUGUGACUGAAAGAGAAUGUAGAAUAGAUAAUGUUUUUGUUAAUGAUCAACAACAAGAACCAAAUAUAAGAACUGAUUUAAUUGCUGAUGAAGAAACUUUUCAAUCUGCCAUUGUGAUAGCUAAUAAACUAACUCAAGAAAAUAAAUUUGGCAAUCAAUCCACAGAUGAAGAUUCUGUGCUACAAGAAAGCCACAAACUUCCAUCCUCUUUCAAUAAAAGUAUGUUAAGAGGAACACCUAUGAUUGAGAAAAUAUUAUUAAGUUCUGAAAUUGAGUCCAUUCCAAAUAUACAGUCAUUUUUACAGGAUAAUGCUGAUAAUUUAUACACAUCUUGUAUAGAAAAUGGACAGGGACUAAAAACCAAAGGUCUUUAUUUUACUCCCAUUCCUGUUUCUGAACCAGAAGUUUCUCAACUGCAAGUUUCUAUUGAUUAUCAACAUUCUAUAGAAGCAUUUAAAAAUAAUCAGGAACACUACAUUAGUACUCAAAACAAAAGCAAGGAUAACCAGGUUAUAUCAAGACCUUCUUUGCUUCAAUCUAAACAUUCUUCAGAUAUCGAAGAUAGCUCUGAGUCCAAUCCCUUAAGAAUGCUUAGAAAAGGUAGACUUGUGCAACCAAAGGUGCGUGGCAAUAAACACAGUAUUCCUCUUUCUAUCAAAGGAACAGUUGUGUGUCCAAGCACUGUAAAACCAAUAGGUAAUGGGCAGAAUGAUAAAAAAUAUAUACCAUCAGAAUCUCCUCCUCUUCCUUCAUCUGAAAAUUCAUUGUCAUCUUUAUCAUCACAUAUGUCAGUUACAUUAGAAAAUGAUAUUAGACAAGAGCCUAUUCCUAUUAAAGAGACAUCUGCUAAAACUCAAGAUUUUUGGUUUGGUGAUUGCGAUGAAAAUUUUUUAUCCAAUGCAGAGUUGACCUUUAACUCUUUGGAUGAUCACCUGCUAUCCUUUCCAAGGUCACAAAUUGAUAGUUCACAUUUUUCAAGACAACAGCAACAGAGAUAUCCAUCUACCUUAACAAGUGAAGAUUAUGAAAAAAUAAAAUCGACCAUUCUAUCCAAACAGUCACAUCCAAGUUCUUUAAAUGUAUCUAACAGUGGAAGUUUUUCAAACUGGAAAGCUAUUUCCGAAGGUAAAAUCAAUUCUGUUACAUCUUAUGAAGGCAAGGUAAGUUCUAAAGAUGAGCUGACUGUUGCAAGAUCUGACCCAUUGAGAAUAUCCAGGAUGCAAGAAGGACUAAUUAAAGAAACGGAUUCAGAUGAAGUACGCAUCAUUCAGAAGGUAUUAGCCGAAAAUAAUGUUACACCAGAGGAAUGUGUUAUAGCACUCAAAGAGACAGAUUGGGAUGUGCACAAAGCUGUGAAGGUUUUGCAACUUCAGUGCACAGUAAACAUCCACAACCUUGAAGUAGAAGAUUUCAAGCAAACACUAAUUCAUUGUAAUUGGAAUGUUCAACAUGCAGCAGACUUCCUGCUUGCACGCUAUAUUGCAGGAGAAGACACCACAGAACUCUAAUACUUACUCAUUAGAGUGUUAAUCAUAUUAAUAUUCAUUAAAGCAGCAUGUAUAAUGAUACAACCCAUAGAUGUAGAAUUUUUACGUAACAAGUUACUAUUUGUGUGUGUGCCAAAAGCCAAUAUUCUUUCUUUUUUUUUAACUAUAAAAGAAGAUGUACAAAAGAUGCUAAUCUAAAACCAAACAUACUUCUGUGGCAUUAUUUUUGUACUUGUACUUGUAUUUUAUAUUUUUAUAGAAUAUCACAUUAUAGGAGUCACCUUAUAUUCUUCAGUCUGAAUAUUAAAAAGUAUCUUGUAUCCAUACUUUUAUAUUUUAAUAUUUAACAAGCUAGAGCUUAGGUUCUUGGGUUGAUAUUUUUGUUUACACUAUCAGUGUUAGCAUGUUUUUACAAAAACAGUAGUAUUAAAAUAACCUUUGACAGUUGCAUGAACCUGGUCGUAUAAAGGGUUCAGAAUAUUUGGUAGGAGAAGGUAAAUUCUAAUCUGGUAAAGCAAGUUGAGUUGCAGCAGUUGUUGUUUUUUUCAAGAGUUCAAUAUUUGUUUUACAUUGAAUAAAUAUAAUGACUGGUAAAGUUAUUUAAUAUGAAGAACAGAGAAGUUUUGUAACACUGUUUUUAAAAUCAUAGUACUAUGUUUUAAAUGUUUAAUCUUACAAAGUGAAUAAGAUAAGAAAAAGUUCAAAGAUUGAACCAUUUCAAAGAACCAUAUUUUUAAUCCAUUGGUCACAAGAAUUUACUUUACUUCAAGUAAAACUGAUCUGAAAAAUAAGUUAUCAAAAUUUUGAUAUAUGUUUUUGAUGAGAACAGCUAUAAAAUUUUUAAAAGAGUAUUUAUAUAACAAAAAGAAAUGCAGUAAUAAUUUAGAGCAAUCAUAAAAACUUUAUACUUCCAAUGAAGUUUUCAGUGACAUUUGGAAUAUUACAUUAGUAAUUACAUUUGAGCCUUUUAGAGAAAUGAAAAUACUGCUACAAGUCAAUAAAAAGUUGCCUUAUAUAAUAUUUGUUUACAAGUACAUUCUCUGAACAGUUUAAGUGUGUAUGUAUUUAACCAGUAAGUUGAUUUUAGAUUCAGAAGACUUAUUUGUUAUAUAUACAUAAAUAUAAUAAUGUACUAUAUUGAAUACUACAUAAAAAGUUUCAUGAAAAUAAGUUUUGAUAAUUUUUUUAUAAGUGACCUUGCCAAUGAAUCUCUUCCUUGUUAAUUUUUUUUAAAAAGUAAAGCUUUUAUUUCUAGUCAAAAUAUAAGAUUUUUAUAACAAAUGAUUAAAAUGAAAAAUGACACAUCUUGUUUUUGUAAUUUGUUAAAGACCAGUUUGUAACUUCAAUCCAUGAUUGGUAACUAGUUAGUACAACCAGGUACAUUAUGUAUUUUGAAAAAAUGUUGAAAAUUUUCCAUAGAAAAAACUUAUUAUAUUGCCUAGUUAUAUUUUUGUAUCCUACUUGAAAGGAAUAUAAAUUUGAAGGAUUUCUAAUGUUGGAAACUUUAAAAACUAAACUUAAGGUGGUGCCAAAACAUUGUCUGUGUAUUAAGUUCAUUAUUUUAAUAAAUAUAUGUGUACUUAUACCCAGAAUAAACCACUAUAAUAAGUCUCUAAUAUAAAUUUCAUAAACUUUUAAUGGGACAAAAAAGAGCCUAUUAGCCCAUCAAGGAUGUCCCUUCCAGCUCCCAACUAUAACCACCCCUUACUACUUAUGUAUUCAUCCAAUCUUUUCUUGAACUCGUUUAAAUUUUAUGCCUCCACCACCCUUGAAGGCAUCUUGUUCCAAAAGCCAACUACCCUCUUUGAAAAGUAAUACUGUCUAAACUGUAGAUGACUCCUACGUUGCCAAAAUUUAAACUUAUGCCCCCUUGUCCUAUUGUUUUCACUGUUAAACAAAAAAGUUGAUGGAUCUAUAUUAUAAAUACCAUUAAUAAUCUUAAACACUUCAACCA